AUGAACAAAGACCAAUGCAGCAGCAUGGUGAAGGCAUGGGAGGCCACAAUACGCAAAACACAGGCGGCUAGAAAGCGCGCAAACAGUAUCUUCGGGACUGUAUCUGUAGCCCAUGCCGACGAUGAGAAUGAGCCUGAGUGUACGGAUAAAACGGCAGAGAGUUACACCGUUGAAAAAAUAUUGCCAAAUGGAGAUUAUUAUACGGGGCACUGGUACGAUAAUUUCCCUCAUGGGCAAGGAAAAUAUUUGUGGGUUGACGGCUGCAUGUAUGUGGGAGAAUGGUACAAAGGGAAAACAAUGGGGAAAGGAAGGUUUACUUGGCCAUCAGGGGCUACCUAUGAUGGAGAAUUUAAAAUGGGAUUUAUGGAUGGAAAUGGUACAUAUACUGCACCAAAUGCAGAUACUUAUAAAGGGCAAUGGAUGAUGAACAUGAAACACGGGCAUGGUGUAAAACGAUAUGCCAGUGGAGAUUGGUAUGAUGGUGAAUGGCGAAAUGGGGUUCAAGAAAGGCAUGGAAAGUACCAUUGGAAGAAUGGUAAUUAUUAUGUUGGCGAAUGGAAACAAGGAGUUAUUUGUGGGAAAGGGGUUUUUGUUUGGGCUAAUGGGAAUGUAUAUGAUGGAUAUUGGGAAGAUGGUGUGCCCAAAGGAAAUGGGACUUUUAAAUGGCCUGAUGAGAGUUAUUAUGAGGGGUAUUGGAGUAAGGAUCCUAGUGAACAAAGUGGCAAUUAUUUUCCUUCGGAAUCCGCAGUGGAUAAAACUCUAGAAUGGGAUCCUCAGGACAUUUAUAAUGUGGAUUUAUUGGAUUGUACAAUUCCUCCUGCUGAUAAUGUUUCAUUGAUGCCAUCGCAAAAGAAAUUGGCGGUAUGGCAUUCUUCAAAAGGGGAUAAUGAGAAGCCAAGGAGGCUGUCAGUUGAUGGGAGGGCAAGUGUGGGUUUGGAAAAGCCAACUGAUAGAAUGCAACUAUGGGAUUUGGAUGAUAGAAAUGCCUUAGCUGGAAGGGUCUCAGAUGGUGACUUGUACGCUAAUUUUCAAAAUGAUAUUAAGAAUACUUUGGAGCCAUUAAGAUUAGCAAAGCCUGGCAAAAGACAAGGAGAAACAAUAAGCAAAGGCCAUAAAAAUUAUGAGCUGAUGCUUAAUUUGCAACUUGGAAUCAGGCAUUCAGUUGGAAGGCCAGCUCCCGCAGCUAGCUUUGAUCUUAAGGCCUCAGCUUUCGAUCCUAAGGAAAAAGUAUGGACAAAAUUUCCACCAGAGGGAACUAAACACACUCCACCACAUCAAUCCUGUGAAUUCAAAUGGAAAGAUUAUUGCCCACUAGUCUUCAGGACAUUGAGAAAAUUGUUCAAGGUAGACCCAGCUGAUUACAUGAUAUCCAUCUGUGGAAAUGAUGCCCUGCGGGAGCUUUCAUCUCCUGGUAAAAGCGGCAGCUUUUUUUACUUGACCAACGAUGAUCGCUACAUGAUCAAAACAAUUAAGAAGUCCGAACUUAAAGUUCUCUUAAGGAUGCUUCCAGCUUACUACAAGCAUUUUCGAGCUUUCGAGAGCACUCUUGUCACCAAAUUUUUUGGUGUACACUCUGUAAAGUUAACUGGUCCAAUCCAGAGGAAGGUGCGCUUUAUCAUUAUGGGGAAUCUGUUUUGUACAGAAUAUAGCAUCCAUAGACGCUAUGACUUGAAAGGUUCUUCACUAGGCCGCAUAACGGAGAAGCCCGAGUCAGAAAUUGAUGAAAACACUAUUCUAAAAGACCUUGAUCUGAAUUUCAUAUUUAGACUGCACAAGUCUUGGUUCCAAGAAUUCUGCAGACAAAUUGAUAGAGAUUGCGAGCUUCUAGAGCAGGAGAGAAUUAUGGACUAUAGUCUUCUAGUAGGUCUUCACUUCAGACAAGUUACUCCACAUCGGGAAUUAAUACCUACUGGAGCUUCCACUCCUGCAGCUGAUCCUGAGAGUAAUGAAGCAACUGGUCCUCAACUUUCCAGAGCAGACAUGGAUCAACUUCUCCUCGACCCAGAUAGGUGGGCUAGUAUUAAGUUGGGUGUGAAUAUGCCAGCACUUGUUGAAAGAACAGUGAGAAGAAAUGGAUGUGAAUUUCAGCUGAUAGGAGAACCCACCGGGGAAUAUUACGAAGUUAUAAUGUUUUUUGGGAUCAUAGACAUACUUCAAGAUUAUGACAUAACCAAGAAGCUGGAGCAUGCAUAUAAAUCUUUCCAUUAUGAUCCCACUUCAAUAUCUGCUGUUGAUCCAAGGCAAUAUUCAAGGCGGUUUCGUGAUUUCAUACUCAAUGUUUUCGCUGAAGAUUUUUGA